AUGGACGUGGACGUGGACAUGGACAUGGACGUGGACGUGGACGUGGACUUGGACGUGGACGUGGACGUGGACUUGGACGUGGAUGUGGACAUGGUCGUGGACGUGGAUGUGGACGUGGACGUGGACGUGGACGUGGACGUGGAGGACGUGGACGUGGAGGACGUGGACGUGGUCGUGGACGUGGACGUGGACGUGGAGGACGUGGACGUGGAGGACGUGGACGUGGUCGUGGACGUGGACGUGGACGUGGACGUGGACUUGGACGUGGACGUGGACGUGGACUUGGAUGUGGACGUGGACAGGGACUUGGACUUGAACGUGGACGUGGUCGUGCACGUGGACGUGGACGUGGACGUGGACGUGGACGUGGACUUGGACGUGGACGUGGACGUGGACCUGGCCCUGGACGUGGACGUGGACGUGGACGUGGACGUGGACGUGGCCGUGGACGUGGAGAUGGACGUGGUCGUGGUGGACGUGGACGUGGACGUGGAGGACGUGGACGUGGAGGACGUGGACGUGGAGGACGUGGACGUGGACGUGGACGUGGACGUGGUCGUGGACGUGGACGUGGUCGUAGACGUGGACGUGGUCGUGGACGUGGACGUGGACGUGGACGUGAACCUGGACGUGGACGUGGACGUGGACGUGGUCGUGGACGUGGACGUGGACGUGGACGUUGACGUGGUCGUGGACGUGGACGUGGACGUGGACGUAGACUUGGACGUGGACGUGGACGAGGACGUGAACGUGGACGUGGACGUGGAGGACGUGGACGUGGACGUGGACGUGGACGUGAACGUGGUCGUAGACGUGGACGUGGACGUGGACGUGGUCGUGGACGUGGACGUGGAUGUGGACAACAUGGACUUGGACGUGGACGUGGACGUGGACGUGGACGUGUACGUGGACGUGGACGUGGACGUGGACGUGGACGUGGUCGUGGAAGUGGAUGUGGACGUGGACGUGGUCGUGGACGUGGACGUGGACGUGGACGUGGACGUGGACGUGGACGUGGACGUGGUCGUGGAUGUGGACGUGGACGUGGACUUGGACGUGGACGUGGAGGACGUGGACGUGGAGGACGUGGACGUGGACGUGGACGUGGAAGUGGUCGUGGACGUGGACGUGGUCGUAGACGUGGACGUGGACGUGGUCGUGGACGUGGACGUGGAUGUAGACGUGGACGUGGACGUGGACGUGGUCGUGGACGUGGACGUGGACGUGGACGUGGACGAGGACGUGGUCAUGGACGUGGUCGUGGACGUGGUCGUGGACGUGGACGUGGACCUGGACGUGGACGUGGACGUGGACGUAGACGUGGACGUUGACGUGGACGUGGAGGACGUCGACGUGGACGUAGACGUGGUCGUGGACGUGGACGUGGACGUGGACGUGGUCGUGGACAUGGACGAGGACUUGGACGGGGACGUGGACGUGGACGUGGACGUGGACGUGGACGUGGACUUGGACGUGGACGUGGACCUGGACGUGGCCGUGGACGGGGACGUGGACGUGGACGUGGUCGUGGACGUGGACGUGGACGUGGACGUGGACGUGGUCGUGGACGUGGACGUGGACGUGGACGUGGACUUGGACGUGGACGUGGACGAGGACGUGGACGUGGACGUGGACGUGGACGUGGACGUGGUCGUGGUCGUGGACGUGGAGGACGUUGACGUGGACGUGGAGGACGUGGACGGGGACGUAGACGUGGUCGUGGACGUGGACGUGGACGUGGACGUGGUCGUGGACGUGGACGAGGACGUGGACAGGGACGUGGACGUGGACGUGGACGUGGACUUGGACGUGGACGUGGACGUAGACGUGGACGUGGCCGUGGACGUGGACAUGGACGUGGACGUGGCCGUGGACGUGGACGUGGACGUGGACGUGAUCGUGGACGAGGACGUGGACGUGGACGUGGACGUGGUCGUGGACGUGGACGUGGACGUGGACGUGGACGUGAUCGUGGACGAGGACGUGGACGUGGACGUGGACGUGGUCGUGGACGUGGACGUGGACGUGGACGUGGUCGUGGACGUGGACGUGGACGUGGACGUGGACGAGGACGUGGUCAUGGACGUGGUCGUGGACGUGGUCGUGGACGUGGACGUGGACCUGGACGUGGACGUGGACCUGGACGUGGACGUGGACGUGGACGUGGACGUGGACCUGGACGUGGACGUGGACGUGGACGUGGUCGUGGACGUGGACGUGGAGGACGUGGACGUGGACGUGGAGGACGUGGACGUGGACGUCGACGUGGUCGUGGACGUGGACGUGGACGUGGACGUGGUCGUGGACGUGGACGAGGACGUGGACAGGGACGUGGACGUGGACGUGGACGUGGACGUGGACUUGGACGUGGACGUGGACCUGGACGUGGACGUGGCCGUGGACGUGGACGUGGACGUGGACGUGGUCGUGGACGUGGACGUGGACGUGGUCGUGGACGUGGACGUGGACGUGGACGUGGACGUGGACUUGGACGUGGACGUGGACGAGGACGUGGACGUGGACGUGGACGUGGACGUGGACGUGGACGUGGUCGUGGUCGUGGACGUGGACGUGGAGGACGUUGACGUGGACGUGGAGGACGUGGACGUGGACGUAGACGUGGUCGUGGACGUGGACGCGGACGGGGACGCGGACGUGGACGUGGACGCGGACGUUGACGUGGACGCGGACGUGGACGUGGACGUGGACGCGGACGUGGACGUGGACGUGGACGCGGACGGGGACGCGGACGGGGACGUGGACGUGGACGCGGACGUGGACGUGGACGCGGACUUGGACGUAGACGUGGACGUGGUCGUGGACGUGGUCGUGGUCGUGGUCGUGGACGUGGACGUGGACCUGGACGUGGACCUGGACGUGGACGUGGACGUGGACGUAGACGUGGUCGCGUGGACUUGGACGUGGACGUGGACGUGGACUUGGACGUGGACGUGGACGUGGCCGUGGACGUGGACGUGGACGUGGACGUGGACGUGGACCGUGGACGUCGACGUGGACCUGGACGUGGACGUGGACAUGGACGUGGACGUGGACGUGGACAUGGACGUGGACGUGGACGUGGACUUGGACUUGGACGUGGACGUGGGCAUGGUCGUGGACGUGGAUGUGGACGUGGACGUGGACGUGGAGGACGUGGACGUGGUGGUGGACGUGGACGUGGAGGACGUGGUCGUGGAGGACGUGGACGUGGUCGUGGACGUGGACGUGGACUUGGACGUGGACGUGGACGUGGACAUGGACUUGGACGUGGACGUGGACGGGGACUUGGACUUGAACGUGGACGUGGUCGUGCACGUGGACGUGGACGUGGACGUGGACGUGGUCGUGGACGUGGACGUGGACGUGGACGUGGUCGUGGACGUGGACGUGGACGUGGACGUGGACAUGGACGUGGACAAGGACGUGGUCGUGGACGUGGUCGUGGUCGUGGUCGUGGACGUGGACGUGGACCUGGACGUGGACCUGGACGUGGACGUGGACGUGGACGUAGACGUGGUCGCGUGGACAUGGACGUGGACGUGGACGUGGACUUGGACGUGGACGUGGACGUGGCCAUGGACGUGGACGUGGACGUGGACCGUGGACGUCGACGUGGACCUGGACGUGGACGUGGACGUGGACAUGGACGUGGACAUGGACAUGGACGUGGACGUGGACGUGGACUUGGACGUGGACGUGGACGUGGACUUGGACGUGGAUGUGGACAUGGUCGUGGACGUGGAUGUGGACGUGGACGUGGACGUGGACGUGGACGUGGACGUGGAGGACGUGGACGUGGAGGACGUGGACGUGGUCGUGGACGUGGACGUGGACGUGGAGGACGUGGACGUGGAGGACGUGGACGUGGUCGUGGACGUGGACGUGGACGUGGACGUGGACUUGGACGUGGACGUGGACGUGGACUUGGAUGUGGACGUGGACGGGGACUUGGACUUGAACGUGGACGUGGUCGUGCACGUGGACGUGGACGUGGACGUGGACGUGGACGUGGACUUGGACGUGGACGUGGACGUGGACCUGGCCCUGGACGUGGACGUGGACGUGGACGUGGACGUGGCCGUGGACGUGGAGAUGGACGUGGUCGUGGUCGAGGACGUGGACGUGGACGAGGACGUGGACUUGGACGUGGACGUGGACGUGGACGUGGACGUGGACGUUGACCUGGCCCUGGACGUGGACGUGGACCUGGCCGUGGACGUGGACGUGGACAUGGACGUGGUCGUGGACGUGGACGUGGACGUGGACGUGGACGUGGUCGUGGACGCAGACGUGGACGUGGACGUGGACUUGGACGUGGAGGUGGACGUGGACGUGGACGUGGAGGACGUGGACGUGGGACGUGACGUGGACGUGGAGGACGUGGACGUGGACGUGGACGUGGACGUGGUCGUGGACGUGGACGUGGUCGUAGACGUGGACGUGGUCGUGGACGUGGACGUGGACGUGGACGUGGACCUGGACGUGGACGUGGACGUGGACGUGGUCGUGGACGUGGACGUGGACGUUGACGUGGUCGUGGACGUGGACGUGGACGUGGACGUAGACUUGGACGUGGACGUGGACGAGGACGUGAACGUGGACGUGGACGUGGAGGACGUGGACGUGGACGUGGACGUGGACGUGAACGUGGUCGUAGACGUGGACGUGGACGUGGACGUGGUCGUGGACGUGGACGUGGAUGUGGACAACAUGGACUUGGACGUGGACGUGGACGUGGACGUGGACGUGUACGUGGACGUGGACGUGGACGUGGACGUGGACGUGGUCGUGGAAGUGGAUGUGGACGUGGACGUGGUCGUGGACGUGGACGUGGACGUGGACGUGGACGUGGACGUGGACGUGGACGUGGUCGUGGAUGUGGACGUGGACGUGGACUUGGACGUGGACGUGGAGGACGUGGACGUGGAGGACGUGGACGUGGACGUGGACGUGGAAGUGGUCGUGGACGUGGACGUGGUCGUAGACGUGGACGUGGACGUGGUCGUGGACGUGGACGUGGUCGUGGACGUGGACGUGGACAUGGACGUGGACGUGGACGUGGUCGUAGACGUGGACGUGGUCGUGGACGUGGACGUGGACGUGGACGUGGACCUGGACGUGGACGUGGACGUGGACGUGGACGUGGACGUGGACGUGGACGUGGACGUUGACGUGGUCGUGGACGUGGACGUGGACGUGGACGUAGACUUGGACGUGGACGUGGACGAGGACGUGAACGUGGACGUGGACGUGGAGGACGUGGACGUGGACGUGGACGUGGACGUGAACGUGGUCGUAGACGUGGACGUGGACGUGGACGUGGUCGUGGACGUGGACGUGGAUGUGGACAACAUGGACUUGGACGUAGACGUGGACGUGGACGUGGACGUGGACGUGUACGUGGACGUGGACGUGGACGUGGACGUGGUCGUGGAAGUGGAUGUAGACGUGGACGUGGUCGUGGACGUGGACGUGGACGUGGACGUGGACGUGGACGUGGACGUGGUCGUGGAUGUGGACGUGGACGUGGACUUGGACGUGGACGUGGAGGACGUGGACGUGGAGGACGUGGACGUGGACGUGGACGUGGAAGUGGUCGUGGACGUGGACGUGGUCGUAGACGUGGACGUGGACGUGGUCGUGGACUUGGACGUGGAUGUAGACGUGGACGUGGACGUGGACGUGGUCGUGGACGUGGACGUGGUCGUGGACGUGGACGUGGACAUGGACGUGGAGGACGUGGACAUGGACGUGGAGGACGUGGACGUGGACGUCGACGUCGACGUGGACGUGGAGGUGGACGUCGACGUGGUCGUGGACGUGGACGUGGACGUGGACGUGGACGUGGUCGUGGUCGUGGACGUGGACGAGGACGUGGACGUUGAUGUGGACUUGGACGUGAACGUGGACGUGGACGUGGACAUGGCCCUGGACGUGGACGUGGACGUGGACGUGGUCGUGGACGUGGACGUGGACGUGGACGUGGUCGUGGUCGACGUGGAGGACGUGGACGUGGAGGACGUGGACGUGGAAGUGGUCGUGGACGUGGACGUGGUCGUGGACGUGGACGUGGACGUGGUCGUGGACGUGGACGUGGACGUGGACGUGGACGUUGUCGUGGACGUGGACGUGGUCGUGGACAUGGACGUGGACGUGGACGUGGUCGUGGACGUGGACGUGGACGUGGUCGUAGACGUGGACGUGGACGUGGUCGUGGACGUGAACGUGGACGUGGACGUGGACGUGGACGACAUGGACGUGGACGUGGACGUGGACGAGGACGUGGACGUGGACGUGGACGUGGACGUGGACGAGGACGUGGACGUGGAGGACGUGGACGUGGAGGACGAGGACGUGGUCGUGGACGUGGACGUGGACGUGGAUUUGGACGUGGACGUGGACGUGGACUUGGACGUGGACGUGGACGGGGACUUGGACUUGAACGUGGACGUGGUCGUGCACAUGGACGUGGACGUGGACGUGGACGUGGACUUGGACGUGGACGUGGACGUGGACGUGGACGUGGACUUGGACGUGGAUGUGGACAUGGUCGUGGACGUGGAUGUGGACGUGGACGUGGACGUGGACGUGGACGUGGACGUGGAGGACGUGGACGUGGAGGACGUGGACGUGGACGCGGACGUGGACGUGGACGUGGACUUGGACGUGGACGUGGACGUGGACUUGGACGUGGACGUGGACGUGGACGUGGACUUGGACGUGGACGUGGACAUGGACGUGGACGUGGACGUGGUCGUGGACGUGGACGUGGACGUGGACGUGGACGUGGUCGUGGACGCAGACGUGGACGUGGACGUGGACUUGGACGUGGAGGUGGACGUGGACGUGGACGUGGAGGACGUGGACGUGGAGGACGUGGACGUGGAGGACGUGGACGUGGACGUGGACAUGGACGUGGUCGUGGACGUGGACGUGGUCGUAGACGUGGACGUGGUCGUGGACGUGGACGUGGACGUGGACGUGGACGUGGACCUGGACGUGGACGUGGACGUGGACGUGGACGUGGUCGUGGACGUGGACGUGGACGUGGACGUGGACGUGGACGUGGACGUUGACGUGGUCGUGGACGUGGACGUGGACGUGGACGUGGACUUCGACGUGGACGUGGACGAGGACGUGGACGUGGACGUGGACGUGGACAUGGACGUGGACGUGGACGUGGUCGUGGAUGUGGACGUGGACGUGGACUUGGACGUGGACGUGGAGGACGUGGACGUGGAGGACGUGGACGUGGACGUGGACGUGGAAGUGGUCGUGGACGUGGACGUGGUCGUAGACGUGGACGUGGACGUGGUCGUGGACGUGGACGUGGACGUAGACGUGGACGUGGACGUGGACGUGGUCGUGGACGUGGACGUGGUCGUGGACGUGGACGUGGACAUGGACGUGGAGGACGUGGACGUGGACGUGGAGGACGUGGACGUGGACGUCGACGUCGACGUGGACGUGGAGGUGGACGUCGACGUGGUCGUGGACGUGGACGUGGACGUGGACGUGGUCGUGGUCGUGGACGUGGACGAGGACGUGGACGUUGAUGUGGACUUGGACGUGAACGUGGACGUGGACGUGGACAUGGCCCUGGACGUGGACGUGGACGUGGACGUGGUCGUGGACGUGGACGUGGACGUGGACGUGGAGGACGUGGACGUGGAGGACGUGGACGUGGAAGUGGUCGUGGACGUGGACGUGGUCGUGGACGUGGACGUGGACGUGGUCGUGGACGUGGACGUGGACGUGGACGUUGUCGUGGACGUGGACGUGGUCGUGGACAUGGACGUGGACGUGGACGUGGUCGUGGACGUGGACGUGGACGUGGUCGUAGACGUGGACGUGGACGUGGUCGUGGACGUGGACGUGGACGUGGACGACAUGGACGUGGACGUGGACGUGGACGAGGACGUGGACGUGGACGUGGACGUGGACGUGGACGUGGACGUGGACGUGGACGUGGACGAGGACGUGGACGUGGAGGACGUGGACGUGGAGGACGUGGACGUGGUCGUGGACGUGGACGUGGACGUGGACUUGGACGUGGACGUGGACGCGGACUUGGACGUGGACGGGGACUUGGACUUGAACGUGGACGUGGUCGUGCACAUGGACGUGGACGUAGACGUGGACGUGGACUUGGACGUGGACGUGGACGUGGACGUGGACUUGGACGUGGAUGUGGACAUGGUCGUGGACGUGGAUGUGGACGUGGACGUGGACGUGGACGUGGACGUGGACGUGGACGUGGAGGACGUGGACGUGGAGGACGUGGACGCGGACGUGGACGUGGACGUGGACUUGGACGUGGACGUGGACGUGGACUUGGACGUGGACGUGGACGGGGACUUGAACUUGAACGUGGACGUGGUCGUGCACGUGGACGUGGACGUGGAGGUGGACGUGGACGUGGACGUGGAGGACGUGGACGUGGAGGACGUGGACGUGGAGGACGUGGACGUGGACGUGGACGUGGACGUGGUCGUGGACGUGGACGUGGUCGUAGACGUGGACGUGGUCGUGGACGUGGACGUGGACGUGGACGUGGACCUGGACGUGGACGUGGACGUGGACGUGGACGUGGUCGUGGACGUGGACGUGGACGUGGACGUGGACGUGGACGUGGACGUUGACGUGGUCGUGGACGUGGACGUGGACGUGGACUUCGACGUGGACGUGGACGAGGACGUGGACGUGGACGUGGACGUGGACGUGGACGUGGACGUGGUCGUGGAUGUGGACGUGGACGUGGACUUGGACGUGGACGUGGAGGACGUGGACGUGGAGGACGUGGACGUGGACGUGGACGUGGAAGUGGUCGUGGACGUGGACGUGGUCGUAGACGUGGACGUGGACGUGGUCGUGGACGUGGACGUGGACGUAGACGUGGACGUGGACGUGGACGUGGUCGUGGACGUGGACGUGGUCGUGGACGUGGACGUGGACAUGGACGUGGAGGACGUGGACGACGUGGACGUUGAUGUGGACUUGGACGUGAACGUGGACGUGGACGUGGACAUGGCCCUGGACGUGGACGUGGACGUGGACGUGGUCGUGGACGUGGACGUGGACGUGGACUUGGACGUGGACGUGGACGUGGACGUGGACGUGGACUUGGACGUGGAUGUGGACAUGGUCGACGUGGACGCGGACGUGGACGUGGACGUGGACUUGGACGUGGACGUGGACGUGGACUUGGACGUGGACGUGGACGGGGACUUAGACUUGAACGUGGACGUGGUCGUGCACGUGGACGUGGACGUGGACGUGGACGUGGACUUGGACGUGGAGGUGGACGUGGACGUGGCCGUGGACGUGGACGUCGACGUGGUCGUGGUCGAGGACGUGGACGUGGACGAGGACGUGGACUUGGACGUGGACGUGGACGUGGACAUGGACGUGGACGUGGACCUGGCCCUGGACGUGGACGUGGACCUGGCCGUGGACGUGGACGUGGACGUGGUCGUGGACGUGGACGUGGACGUGGACGUGGUCGUGGACGCAGACGUGGACGUGGACGUGGACUUGGACGUGGAGGUGGACGUGGACGUGGACGUGGAGGACGUGGACGUGGAGGACGUGGACGUGGAGGACGUGGACGUGGACGUGGACGUGGACGUGGUCGUGGACGUGGACGUGGUCGUAGACGUGGACGUGGUCGUGGACGUGGACGUGGACGUGGACGUGGACCUCGACGUGGACGUGGACGUGGACGUGGACGUGGUCGUGGACGUGGACGUGGACGUGGACGUGGACGUUGACGUGGUCGUGGACGUGGACGUGGACGUGGACGUGGACGUGGACUUCGACGUGGACGUGGACGAGGACGUGGACGUGGACGUGGACGUGGACAUGGACGUGGACGUGGACGUGGUCGUGGAUGUGGACGUGGACGUGGACUUGGACGUGGACGUGGAGGACGUGGACGUGGAGGACGUGGACGUGGACGUGGACGUGGAAGUGGUCGUGGACGUGGACGUGGUCGUAGACGUGGACGUGGACGUGGUCGUGGACGUGGACGUAGACGUGGACGUGGACGUGGACGUGGUCGUGGACGUGGACGUGGUCGUGGACGUGAACGUGGACAUGGACGUGGAGGACGUGGACGUGGACGUGGAGGACGUGGACGUGGACGUCGACGUCGACGUGGACGUGGAGGUGGACGUCGACGUGGUCGUGGACGUGGACGUGGACGUGGUCGUGGUCGUGGACGUGGACGAGGACGUGGACGUUGAUGUGGACUUGGACGUGAACGUGGACGUGGACGUGGACAUGGCCCUGGACGUGGACGUGGACGUGGUCGUGGACGUGGACGUGGACGUGGUCGUGGUCGACGUGGAGGACGUGGACGUGGAGGACGUGGACGUGGAAGUGGUCGUGGACGUGGACGUGGUCGUGGACGUGGACGUGGACGUGGUCGUGGACGUGGACGUGGACGUGGACGUUGUCGUGGACGUGGACGUGGUCGUGGACAUGGACGUGGACGUGGACGUGGUCGUGGACGUGGACGUGGACGUGGACGUGGUCGUAGACGUGGACGUGGACGUGGACGUGGUCGUGGACGUGGACGUGGACGUGGACGUGGACGACGUGGACGUGGAGGACGUGGACGUGGAGGACGUGGACGUGGUCGUGGACGUGGACGUGUACGUGGACUUGGACGUGGACGUGGACGUGGACUUGGACGUGGACGGGGACUUGGACUUGAACGUGGACGUGGUCGUGCACAUGGACGUGGACCUGGACGUGGACGUGGACUUGGACGUGGACGUGGACGUGGACGUGGACUUGGACGUGGAUGUGGACAUGGUCGUGGACGUGGAUGUGGACGUGGACGUGGACGUGGACGUGGACGUGGACGUGGACGUGGACGUGGAGGACGUGGACGUGGAGGACGUGGACGCGGACGUGGACGUGGACGUGGACUUGGACGUGGACGUGGACGUGGACUUGGACGUGGACGUGGACGGGGACUUGGACUUGAACGUGGACGUGGUCGUGCACGUGGACGUGGACGUGGAGGUGGACGUGGACGUGGACGUGGAGGACGUGGACGUGGACGUGGACGUGGACGUGGUCGUGGACGUGGACGUGGACGUGGACGUGGUCGUGGACGUGGACGUGGACGUGGUCGUAGACGUGGACGUGGACGUGGUCGUGGACGUGGACGUGGACGUGGACGACAUGGACGUGGACGUGGACGUGGACGAGGACGUGGACGUGGACGUGGACGUGGACGUGGACGUGGACGUGGACGUGGACGUGGACGAGGACGUGGACGUGGAGGACGUGGACGUGGAGGACGUGGACGUGGUCGUGGACGUGGACGUGGACGUGGACUUGGACGUGGACGUGGACGCGGACUUGGACGUGGACGGGGACUUGGACUUGAACGUGGACGUGGUCGUGCACAUGGACGUGGACGUAGACGUGGACGUGGACUUGGACGUGGACGUGGACGUGGACGUGGACUUGGACGUGGAUGUGGACAUGGUCGUGGACGUGGAUGUGGACGUGGACGUGGACGUGGACGUGGACGUGGACGUGGAGGACGUGGACGUGGAGGACGUGGACGCGGACGUGGACGUGGACGUGGACUUGGACGUGGACGUGGACGUGGACUUGGACGUGGACGUGGACGGGGACUUGAACUUGAACGUGGACGUGGUCGUGCACGUGGACGUGGACGUGGAGGUGGACGUGGACGUGGACGUGGAGGACGUGGACGUGGAGGACGUGGACGUGGAGGACGUGGACGUGGACGUGGACGUGGACGUGGUCGUGGACGUGGACGUGGUCGUAGACGUGGACGUGGUCGUGGACGUGGACGUGGACGUGGACGUGGACCUGGACGUGGACGUGGACGUGGACGUGGACGUGGUCGUGGACGUGGACGUGGACGUGGACGUGGACGUGGACGUGGACGUUGACGUGGUCGUGGACGUGGACGUGGACGUGGACUUCGACGUGGACGUGGACGAGGACGUGGACGUGGACGUGGACGUGGACGUGGACGUGGACGUGGUCGUGGAUGUGGACGUGGACGUGGACUUGGACGUGGACGUGGAGGACGUGGACGUGGAGGACGUGGACGUGGACGUGGACGUGGAAGUGGUCGUGGACGUGGACGUGGUCGUAGACGUGGACGUGGACGUGGUCGUGGACGUGGACGUGGACGUAGACGUGGACGUGGACGUGGACGUGGUCGUGGACGUGGACGUGGUCGUGGACGUGGACGUGGACAUGGACGUGGAGGACGUGGACGACGUGGACGUUGAUGUGGACUUGGACGUGAACGUGGACGUGGACGUGGACAUGGCCCUGGACGUGGACGUGGACGUGGACGUGGUCGUGGACGUGGACGUGGACGUGGACUUGGACGUGGACGUGGACGUGGACGUGGACGUGGACUUGGACGUGGAUGUGGACAUGGUCGACGUGGACGCGGACGUGGACGUGGACGUGGACUUGGACGUGGACGUGGACGUGGACUUGGACGUGGACGUGGACGGGGACUUAGACUUGAACGUGGACGUGGUCGUGCACGUGGACGUGGACGUGGACGUGGACGUGGACUUGGACGUGGAGGUGGACGUGGACGUGGCCGUGGACGUGGACGUCGACGUGGUCGUGGUCGAGGACGUGGACGUGGACGAGGACGUGGACUUGGACGUGGACGUGGACGUGGACAUGGACGUGGACGUGGACCUGGCCCUGGACGUGGACGUGGACCUGGCCGUGGACGUGGACGUGGACGUGGUCGUGGACGUGGACGUGGACGUGGACGUGGUCGUGGACGCAGACGUGGACGUGGACGUGGACUUGGACGUGGAGGUGGACGUGGACGUGGACGUGGAGGACGUGGACGUGGAGGACGUGGACGUGGAGGACGUGGACGUGGACGUGGACGUGGACGUGGUCGUGGACGUGGACGUGGUCGUAGACGUGGACGUGGUCGUGGACGUGGACGUGGACGUGGACGUGGACCUCGACGUGGACGUGGACGUGGACGUGGACGUGGUCGUGGACGUGGACGUGGACGUGGACGUGGACGUUGACGUGGUCGUGGACGUGGACGUGGACGUGGACGUGGACGUGGACUUCGACGUGGACGUGGACGAGGACGUGGACGUGGACGUGGACGUGGACAUGGACGUGGACGUGGACGUGGUCGUGGAUGUGGACGUGGACGUGGACUUGGACGUGGACGUGGAGGACGUGGACGUGGAGGACGUGGACGUGGACGUGGAAGUGGUCGUGGACGUGGACGUGGUCGUAGACGUGGACGUGGACGUGGUCGUGGACGUGGACGUAGACGUGGACGUGGACGUGGACGUGGUCGUGGACGUGGACGUGGUCGUGGACGUGAACGUGGACAUGGACGUGGAGGACGUGGACGUGGACGUGGAGGACGUGGACGUGGACGUCGACGUCGACGUGGACGUGGAGGUGGACGUCGACGUGGUCGUGGACGUGGACGUGGACGUGGACGUGGUCGUGGUCGUGGACGUGGACGAGGACGUGGACGUUGAUGUGGACUUGGACGUGAACGUGGUCGUGGACGUGGACGUGGACGUGGUCGUGGUCGACGUGGAGGACGUGGACGUGGAGGACGUGGACGUGGAAGUGGUCGUGGACGUGGACGUGGUCGUGGACGUGGACGUGGACGUGGUCGUGGACGUGGACGUGGACGUGGACGUUGUCGUGGACGUGGACGUGGUCGUGGACAUGGACGUGGACGUGGACGUGGUCGUGGACGUGGACGUGGACGUGGACGUGGUCGUAGACGUGGACGUGGACGUGGACGUGGUCGUGGACGUGGACGUGGACGUGGACGUGGACGACAUGGACGUGGACGUGGACGUGGACGUGGACGAGGACGUGGACGUGGACGUGGACGUGGACGUGGACGUGGACGAGGACGUGGACGUGGAGGACGUGGACGUGGAGGACGUGGACGUGGUCGUGGACGUGGACGUGUACGUGGACUUGGACGUGGACGUGGACGUGGACUUGGACGUGGACGGGGACUUGGACUUGAACGUGGACGUGGUCGUGCACAUGGACGUGGACCUGGACGUGGACGUGGACUUGGACGUGGACGUGGACGUGGACGUGGACUUGGACGUGGAUGUGGACAUGGUCGUGGACGUGGAUGUGGACGUGGACGUGGACGUGGACGUGGACGUGGACGUGGACGUGGACGUGGAGGACGUGGACGUGGAGGACGUGGACGCGGACGUGGACGUGGACGUGGACUUGGACGUGGACGUGGACGUGGACUUGGACGUGGACGUGGACGGGGACUUGGACUUGAACGUGGACGUGGUCGUGCACGUGGACGUGGACGUGGAGGUGGACGUGGACGUGGACGUGGAGGACGUGGACGUGGAGGACGUGGACGUGGAGGACGUGGACGUGGACGUGGACGUGGACGUGGUCGUGGACGUGGACGUGGUCGUAGACGUGGACGUGGUCGUGGACGUGGACGUGGACGUGGACGUGGACCUGGACGUGGACGUGGACGUGGACGUGGACGUGGUCGUGGACGUGGACGUGGACGUGGACGUGGACAUGGACGUGGACGUGGACGUUGACGUGGUCGUGGACGUGGACGUGGACGUGGACGUGGACGUGGACGUUGACGUGGUCGUGGACGUGGACGUGGACGUGGACGUGGACGUGGUCGUGGAUGUGGACGUGGACGUGGACUUGGACGUGGACGUGGAGGACGUGGACGUGGAGGACGUGGACGUGGAAGUGGUCGUGGACGUGGACGUGGUCGUAGACGUGGACGUGGACGUGGUCGUGGACGUGGACGUGGACGUAGACGUGGACGUGGACGUGGACGUGGUCGUGGACGUGGACGUGGUCGUGGACGUGGACGUGGACAUGGACGUGGAGGACGUGGACGUGGACGUGGAGGACGUGGACGUGGACGUCGACGUCGACGUGGACGUGGAGGUGGACGUCGACGUGGUCGUGGACAUGGACGUGGACGUGGACGUGGACGUGGUCGUGGUCGUGGACGUGGACGAGGACGUGGACGUUGAUGUGGACUUGGACGUGAACGUGGACGUGGACGUGGACAUGGCCCUGGACGUGGACGUGGACGUGGACGUGGUCGUGGACGUGGACGUGGACGUGGACGUGGUCGUGGUCGACGUGGAGGACGUGGACGUGGAGGACGUGGACGUGGAAGUGGUCGUGGACGUGGUCGUGGACGUGGACGUGGACGUGGUCGUGGACGUGGACGUGGACGUGGACGUGGACGUGGACGUUGUCGUGGACGUGGACGUGGUCGUGGACAUGGACGUGGACGUGGACGUCGUCGUGGACGUGGACGUGGACGUGGACGUGGUCGUAGACGUGGACGUGGACGUGGUCGUGGACGUGGACGUGGACGUGGACGUGGACGACAUGGACGUGGACGUGGACGUGGACGUGGACGAGGACGUGGACGUGGACGUGGACGUGGACGUGGACGUGGACGUGGACGAGGACGUGGACGUGGAGGACGUGGACGUGGAGGACGUGGACGUGGUCGUGGACGUGGACGUGGACGUGGACUUGGACGUGGACGUGGACGUGGACUUGGACGUGGACGUGGACGGGGACUUGGACUUGAACGUGGACGUGGUCGUGCACAUGGACGUGGACGUGGACGUGGACGUGGACUUGGACGUGGACGUGGACGUGGACGUGGACUUGGACGUGGAUGUGGACAUGGUCGUGGACGUGGAUGUGGACGUGGACGUGGACGUGGACGUGGACGUGGACGAGGACGUGGAGGACGUGGACGUGGAGGACGUGGACGUGGACGCGGACGUGGACGUGGACGUGGACUUGGACGUGGACGUGGACGUGGACUUGGACGUGGACGUGGACGGGGACUUGGACUUGAACGUGGACGUGGUCGUGCACGUAGACGUGGACGUGGACGUGGACGUGGACGUGGACUUGGACGUGGAGGUGGACGUGGACGUGGCCGUGGACGUGGACGUGGACGUGGUCGUGGUCGAGGACGUGGAGGUGGACGAGGACGUAGACUUGGACGUGGACGUGGACGUGGACAUGGACGUGGACGUGGACCUGGCCCUGGACGUGGACGUGGACCUGGCCGUGGACGUGGACGUGGACGUGGACGUGGUCGUGGACGUGGACGUGGACGUGGACGUGGUCGUGGACGCAGACGUGGACGUGGACGUGGACUUGGACGUGGAGGUGGACGUGGACGUGGACGUGGAGGACGUGGACGUGGAGGACGUGGACGUGGAGGACGUGGACGUGGACGUGGACGUGGUCAUAGACGUGGACGUGGUCGUAGACGUGGACGUGGUCAUGGACGUGGACGUGGACGUGGACGUGGACCUGGACGUGGACGUGGACGUGGACGUGGACAUGGUCGUGGACGUGGACGUGGACGUGGACGUGGACGUUGACGUGGACGUGGACGUGGACGUGGACGUUGACGUGGUCGUGGACGUGGACGUGGACGUGGACGUGGACUUCGACGUGGACGUGGACGAGGACGUGGACGUGGACGUGGACGUGGAGGACGUGGACGUGGACGUGGACGUGCACGUGGACGUGGUCGUAGACGUGGACGUGGACGUGGACGUGGUCGUGGACGUGGACGUGGACGUGGACAACGUGGACGUGGACGUGGAUGUGGACGUGGACGUGUACGUGGACGUAGACGUGGACGUGGACGUGGACGUGGUCGUGGAAGUGGACGUGGACGUGGACGUGGUCGUGGACGUGGACGUGGACGUGGACGUGGACGUGGUCGUGGAUGUGGACGUGGACGUGGACUUGGACGUGGACGUGGAGGACGUGGACGUGGAGGACGUGGACGUGGACGUGGACGUGGAAGUGGUCGUGGACGUGGACGUGGUCCUAGACGUGGACGUGGACGUGGUCGUGGACGUGGACGUGGACGUAGACGUAGACGUGGACGUGGACGUGGUCGUGGACGUGGACGUGGUCGUGGCCGUGGACGUGGACGUGGACAUGGACGUGGAGGACGUGGACGUGGACGUGGAGGACGUGGACGUGGACGUCGACGUCGACGUGGACGUGGAGGUGGACGUCGACGUGGUCGUGGACGUGGACGUGGACGUGGACGUGGUCGUGGUCGUGGACGUGGACGAGGACGUGGACGUGGAUGUGGACUUGGGCGUGGACGUGGACGUGGACGUGGACAUGGCCCUGGACGUGGACGUGGACGUGGUCGUGGACGUGGACGUGGACGUGGACGUGGACGUGGUCGACGUAGAGGACGUGGACGUGGAGGACGUGGACGUGGACGUGGUCGUGGACGUGGACGUGGUCGUGUACGUGGACGUGGUCGUGGACGUGGACGUGGACGUGGACGUGGUCGUGGACGUGGACGUGGACGUGGUCGUGGACAUGGACGUGGACGUGGACGUGGACGUGGUCGUGGACGUGGACGUGGACGUGGACGUGGUCGUAGACGUAGACGUGGACGUGGACGUGGUCGUGGACGUGGACGUGGACGUGGACGUGGACGUGGACGUGGACAUGGACAACGUGGACGUGGACGUGGACGUGGACGUGUACGUGGACGUUGUCGUAGACGUGGACGUGGACGUGGACGUGGACUUGAACGUGGACGUGGACGUGGACGUGGACGUGGCCGUGGACGUGGACGUGGACGUGGACCUAACUUUGGACAUGGACGUGGACGUGGACGUGGACGUGGACGAGGACGUGGACGUGGACGUGGACGUGAACGUGGACGUGGCCCUGGCCGUGGACGUGGACGUGGACGUGGACGUGGACGUGGUCGUGGACGUGGACGUGGACGUGGACGUGGACGUGGUCGUGGACGUGGACGUGGACGUGGACUUGGACGUGGCCGUGGAGGACGUGGACGUGGAGGACGUGGACGUGGACGUGGAAGUGGUCGUGGACGUGGACGUGGUCGUGGACGUGGACGUGGACGUGGUCGUGGACGUGGACGUGGACGUCGACGUGGACGUGGACGUGGUCGUGGACGUGGACGUGGUCGUGGACGUGGACGUGGACGUGGACAUGGACAUGGAGGACGUGGACGUGGACGUGGAGGACGUGGACAUGGACGUCGACGUCGACGUGGACGUGGAGGUGGACGUGGACGUGGUCGUGGACGUGGACGUGGACGUGGACGUGGUCGUGGUCGUGGACAUGGACGAGGACGUGGACGUGGACGUGGACGUGGACUUGGACGUGGACGUGGACGUCGACGUGGACGUGGCCGUGGACGUGGACGUGGACGUGGUCGUGGACGUGGACGUGGAUGUGGACGUGGACGUGGUCGUGGACGUGGACGUGAACGUGGACGUGGACUUGGACGUGGACGUGGACGUGGAGGACGACGUGGAGGACGUGGACGUGGAGGACGUGGACGUGGACGUGGACGUGGACGUGGUCGUGGACGUGGACGUGGACGUGGUCGUGGACGUGGACGUGGACGUGGACGUGGACGUGGACGUGGUCGUGGACGUGGACGUGGACUUGGACGUGGACGUGGACGAGGACGUGGACGUGGACGUGGACGUGGAGGACGUUAACGUGGACGUGGACGUGGACGUGGUCGUAGACGUGGACGUGGACGUGGACGUGGACGUGGACAACGUGGACUUGGACGUGGACGUGGACGUGGACGUGGACGUGGACGUGGACGUGUACGUGGACGUGGACGUGGACGUGGACGUGGACGUGGUCGUGGAAGUGGACGUGGACGUGGAUGUGGUCGUGGACGUGGACGUGGACGUGGACGUGGACGUGGAUGUGGACGUGGACGUGGACUUGGACGUGGACGUGGAGGACGUGGACGUGGAGGACGUGGACGUGGACGUGGACGUGGAAGUGGUCGUGGACGUGGACGUGGUCGUGGACGUGGACGUGGUCGUAGACGUGGACGUGGUCGUGGACGUGGACGUGGACGUAGACGUGGACGUGGAAGUGGACGUGGUCGUGGACGUGGACGUGGUCGUGGACGUGGACAUGGACAUGGACGUGGAGGACGUGGACGUGGACGUGGAGGACGUGGACGUGGACGUCGACGUCGACGUGGACGUGGAGGUGGACGUCGACGUGGUCGUGGACGUGGACGUGGACGUGGACGUGGUCGUAGUCGUGGACGUGGACGAGGACGUGGACGUGGAUGUGGACUUGGACGUGAACGUGGACGUGGACGUGGACAUGGCCCUGGACGUGGACGUGGACGUGGACGUGGACGUGGUCGUGGACGUGGACGUGGACGUGGACGUGGUCGUGGUCGACGUGGAGGACGUGGACGUGGAGGACGUGGACGUGGAAGUGGUCGUGGACGUGGACGUGGUCGUGGACGUGGACGUGGACGUGGUCGUGGACGUGGACGUGGACGUGGACGUGGACGUGGUCGUGGACGUGGACGUGGUCGUGGACAUGGACGUGGACGUGGACGUGGUCGUGGACGUGGACGUGGACGUGGACGUGGUCGUAGACGUGGACGUGGACGUGGACGUGGUCAACGUGGACGUGGACGUGGACGUGUACGUGGACGUUGUCGUAGACGUGGACGUGGACGUGGACUUGAACGUGGACGUGGACGUGGACGUGGACGUGGCCGUGGACGUGGACGUGGACCUGGCUUUGGACAUGGACGUGGACGUGGACGUGGAUGUGGACGAGGACGUGGACGUGGACGUGGACGUGGACGUGGACGUGGACGUGGACGUGGACGUGGACGUGGACGAGGACGUGGACGUGGAGGACGUGGACGUGGAGGACGUGGACGUGGUCGUGGACGUGGACGUGGACGUGGACUUGGACGUGGACGAGGACGUGGACUUGGACGUGGACGUGGACGGGGACUUGGACUUGAACGUGGACGUGGUCGUGCACAUGGACGUGGACGUGGACGUGGACGUGGACGUGGACUUGGACGUGGACGUGGACGUGGACGUGGACUUGGACGUGGAUGUGGACAUGGUCGUGGACGUGGAUGUGGACGUGGACGUGGACGUGGACGUGGACGUGGACGUGGACGUGGAGGACGUGGACGUGGAGGACGUGGACGUGGUCGUGGACGUAGACGUGGACGUGGAGGACGUGGACGUGGAGGACGUGGACGUGGUCGUGGACGCGGACGUGGACGUGGACUUGGACGUGGACGUGGACGUGGACGGGGACUUGGACGUGGACGUGGACGGGGACUUGGACUUGAACGUGGACGUGGUCGUGCACGUGGACGUGGACGUGGACGUGGACGUGGACGUGGACUUGGACGUGGACGUGGACGUGGACGUGGACGUGGACGUGGCCGUGGACGUGGACGUGGACGUGGUCGUGGUCGAGGACGUGGACGUGGACGAGGACGUGGACUUGGACGUGGACGUGGACGUGGACAUGGACGUGGACGUGGACCUGGCCCUGGACGUGGACGUGGACCUGGCCGUGGACGUGGACGUGGACGUGGACGUGGUCGUGGACGUGGACGUGGACGUGGACGUGGUCGUGGACGCAGACGUGGACGUGGACGUGGACUUGGACGUGGAGGUGGACGUGGACGUGGACGUGGAGGACGUGGACGAGGAGGACGUAGACGUGGAGGACGUGGACGUGGACGUAGACGUGGAUGUGGUCGUGGACGUGGACGUGGUCGUAGACGUGGACGUGGUCGUGGACGUGGACGUGGACGUGGACGUGGACCUGGACGUGGACGUGGACGUGGACGUGGACGUGGUCGUGGACGUGGACGUGGACGUGGACGUGGACGUGGACGUGGACGUUGACGUGGUCGUGGACGUGGACGUGGACGUGGACGUGGACUUUGACGUGGACGUGGACGAGGACGUGGACGUGGACGUGGACGUGGAGGACGUGGACGUGGACGUGGACGUGGACGUGGACGUGGACGUGGUCGUAGACGUGGACGUGGACGUGGUCGUGGACGUGGACGUGGACAACGUGGACGUGGACGUGGACGUGGACGUGGACGUGUACGUGGACGUAGACGUGGACGUGGACGUGGACGUGGUCGUGGAAGUGGACGUGGACGUGGACGUGGUCGUGGACGUGGACGUGGACGUGGACGUGGACGUGGACGUGGUCGUGGAUGUGGACGUGGACGUGGACUUGGACGUGGACGUGGAGGACGUGGACGUGGAGGACGUGGACGUGGACGUGGACGUGGAAGUGGUCGUGGACGUGGACGUGGUCGUAGACGUGGACGUGGACGUGGUCGUGGACGUGGACGUGGACGUAGACGUGGACGUGGACGUGGACUUGGUCGUGGACGUGGACGUGGUCGUGGACGUGGACGUGGACGUGGACAUGGACGUGGAGGACGUGGACGUGGACGUGGAGGACGUGGACGUGGACGUGGAGGUGGACGUCGACGUGGUCGUGGACGUGGACGUGGACGUGGACGUGGACGUGGUCGUGGUCGUGGACGUGGACGAGGACGUGGACGUGGAUGUGGACUUGGGCGUGGACGUGGACGUGGACGUGGACAUGGCCCUGGACGUGGACGUGGACGUGGACGUGGUCGUGGACGUGGACGUGGACGUGGUCGACGUGGAGGACGUGGACGUGGAGGACGUGGACGUGGACGUGGUCGUGGACGUGGACGUGGUCGUGGACGUGGACGUGGACGUGGUCGUGGACGUGGACGUGUACGUGGACGUUGUCGUAGACGUGGACGUGGACGUGGACUUGAACGUGGACGUGGACGUGGACGUGGACGUGGCCGUGGACGUGGACGUGGACCUGGCUUUGGACAUGGACGUGGACGUGGACGUGGAUGUGGACGAGGACGUGGACGUGGACGUGGACGUGGACGUGGACGUGGACGUGGACGUGGACGAGGACGUGGACGUGGAGGACGUGGACGUGGAGGACGUGGACGUGGUCGUGGACGUGGACGUGGACGUGGACUUGGACGUGGACGAGGACGUGGACUUGGACGUGGACGUGGACGGGGACUUGGACUUGAACGUGGACGUGGUCGUGCACAUGGACGUGGACGUGGACGUGGACGUGGACGUGGACUUGGACGUGGACGUGGACGUGGACGUGGACGUGGACUUGGACGUGGAUGUGGACAUGGUCGUGGACGUGGAUGUGGACGUGGACGUGGACGUGGACGUGGACGUGGACGUGGACGUGGAGGACGUGGACGUGGAGGACGUGGACGUGGUCGUGGACGUAGACGUGGACGUGGAGGACGUGGACGUGGAGGACGUGGACGUGGUCGUGGACGCGGACGUGGACGUGGACGUGGACUUGGACGUGGACGUGGACGUGGACGGGGACUUGGACGUGGACGUGGACGGGGACUUGGACUUGAACGUGGACGUGGUCGUGCACGUGGACGUGGACGUGGACGUGGACGUGGACGUGGACGUGGACUUGGACGUUGACGUGGACGUGGACGUGGACGUGGAUGUGGCCGUGGACGUGGACGUGGACGUGGUCGUGGUCGAGGACGUGGACGUGGACGAGGACGUGGACUUGGACGUGGACGUGGACGUGGACAUGGACGUGGACGUGGACCUGGCCCUGGACGUGGACGUGGACCUGGCCGUGGACGUGGACGUGGACGUGGACGUGGUCGUGGACGUGGACGUGGACGUGGACGUGGUCGUGGACGCAGACGUGGACGUGGACGUGGACUUGGACGUGGAGGUGGACGUGGACGUGGACGUGGAGGACGUGGACGAGGAGGACGUGGACGUGGAGGACGUGGACGUGGACGUGGACGUGGAUGUGGUCGUGGACGUGGACGUGGUCGUAGACGUGGACGUGGUCGUGGACGUGGACGUGGACGUGGACGUGGACCUGGACGUGGACGUGGACGUGGACGUGGACGUGGUCGUGGACGUGGACGUGGACGUGGACGUGGACGUGGACGUGGACGUUGACGUGGUCGUGGACGUGGACGUGGACGUGGACGUGGACUUUGACGUGGACGUGGACGAGGACGUGGACGUGGACGUGGACGUGGAGGACGUGGACGUGGACGUGGACGUGGACGUGGACGUGGACGUGGUCGUAGACGUGGACGUGGACAUGGUCGUGGACGUGGACGUGGACGUGGACAACGUGGACGUGGACGUGGACGUGGACGUGUACGUGGACGUAGACGUGGACGUGGACGUGGACGUGGUCGUGGAAGUGGACGUGGACGUGGACGUGGUCGUGGACGUGGACGUGGACGUGGACGUGGACGUGGUCGUGGAUGUGGACGUGGACGUGGACUUGGACGUGGACGUGGAGGACGUGGACGUGGAGGACGUGGACGUGGACGUGGACGUGGAAGUGGUCGUGGACGUGGACGUGGUCGUGGACGUGGACGUGGUCGUAGACGUGGACGUGGUCGUGGACGUGGACGUGGACGUAGACGUGGACGUGGAAGUGGACGUGGUCGUGGACGUGGACGUGGUCGUGGACGUGGACAUGGACAUGGACGUGGAGGACGUGGACGUGGACGUGGAGGACGUGGACGUGGACGUCGACGUCGACGUGGACGUGGAGGUGGACGUCGACGUGGUCGUGGACGUGGACGUGGACGUGGACGUGGUCGUGGUCGUGGACGUGGACGAGGACGUGGACGUGGAUGUGGACUUGGACGUGAACGUGGACGUGGACGUGGACAUGGCCCUGGACGUGGACGUGGACGUGGUCGUGGACGUGGACGUGGACGUGGACGUGGUCGUGGUCGACGUGGAGGACGUGGACGUGGAGGACGUGGACGUGGAAGUGGUCGUGGACGUGGACGUGGUCGUGGACGUGGACGUGGACGUGGUCGUGGACGUGGACGUGGACGUGGACGUGGACGUGGUCGUGGACGUGGACGUGGUCGUGGACAUGGACGUGGACGUGGACGUGGUCGUGGACGUGGACGUGGACGUGGACGUGGUCGUAGACGUGGACGUGGACGUGGUCAACGUGGACGUGGACGUGGACGUGGACGUGGACGUGUACGUGGACGUUGUCGUAGACGUGGACGUGGACGUGGACUUGAACGUGGACGUGGACGUGGACGUGGACGUGGCCGUGGACGUGGACGUGGACCUGGCUUUGGACAUGGACGUGGACGUGGACGUGGAUGUGGACGAGGACGUGGACGUGGACGUGGACGUGGACGUGGACGUGGACGUGGACGUGGACGUGGACGUGGACGAGGACGUGGACGUGGAGGACGUGGACGUGGAGGACGUGGACGUGGUCGUGGACGUGGACGUGGACGUGGACGUGGACGUGGAGGACGUGGACGUGGAGGACGUGGACGUGGUCGUGGACGCGGACGUGGACGUGGACGUGGACUUGGACGUGGACGUGGACGUGGACGGGGACUUGGACGUGGACGUGGACGGGGACUUGGACUUGAACGUGGACGUGGUCGUGCACGUGGACGUGGACGUGGACGUGGACGUGGACGUGGACUUGGACGUGGACGUGGACGUGGACGUGGACGUGGAUGUGGCCGUGGACGUGGACGUGGACGUGGUCGUGGUCGAGGACGUGGACGUGGACGAGGACGUGGACUUGGACGUGGACGUGGACGUGGACAUGGACGUGGACGUGGACCUGGCCCUGGACGUGGACGUGGACCUGGCCGUGGACGUGGACGUGGACGUGGACGUGGUCGUGGACGUGGACGUGGACGUGGACGUGGUCGUGGACGCAGACGUGGACGUGGACGUGGACUUGGACGUGGAGGUGGACGUGGACGUGGACGUGGAGGACGUGGACGAGGAGGACGUGGACGUGGAGGACGUGGACGUGGACGUGGACGUGGAUGUGGUCGUGGACGUGGACGUGGUCGUAGACGUGGACGUGGUCGUGGACGUGGACGUGGACGUGGACGUGGACCUGGACGUGGACGUGGACGUGGACGUGGACGUGGUCGUGGACGUGGACGUGGACGUGGACGUGGACGUGGACGUGGACGUUGACGUGGUCGUGGACGUGGACGUGGACGUGGACGUGGACUUUGACGUGGACGUGGACGAGGACGUGGACGUGGACGUGGACGUGGAGGACAUGGACGUGGACGUGGACGUGGACGUGGACGUGGACGUGGUCGUAGACGUGGACGUGGACGUGGUCGUGGACGUGGACGUGGACGUGGACAACGUGGACGUGGACGUGGACGUGGACGUGGACGUGUACGUGGACGUAGACGUGGACGUGGACGUGGACGUGGUCGUGGACGUGGACGUGGUCGUGGAUGUGGACGUGGACGUGGUCGUGGACGUGGACGUGCACGUGGACGUUGUCGUAGACGUGCACGUGGACGUGGACUUGAACGUGGACGUGGACGUGGACGUGGACGUGGCCGUGGACGUGGACGUGGACCUGGCUUUGGACAUGGACGUGGACGUGGAUGUGGACGAGGACGUGGACGUGGACGUGGACGUGGACGUGGACGUGGACGUGGACGUGGACGAGGACGUGGACGUGGAGGACGUGGACGUGGAGGACGUGGACGUGGUCGUGGACGUGGACGUGGACGUGGACUUGGACGUGGACGAGGACGUGGACUUGGACGUGGACGUGGACGGGGACUUGGACUUGAACGUGGACGUGGUCGUGCACAUGGACGUGGACGUGGACGUGGACGUGGACGUGGACUUGGACGUGGACGUGGACGUGGACGUGGACUUGGACGUGGACGUGGACGUGGACGUGGACGUGGUCGUGGAUGUGGACGUGGACGUGGUCGUGGACGUGGACGUGCACGUGGACGUUGUCGUAGACGUGCACGUGGACGUGGACUUGAACGUGGACGUGGACGUGGACGUGGACGUGGCCGUGGACGUGGACGUGGACCUGGCUUUGGACAUGGACGUGGACGUGGAUGUGGACGAGGACGUGGACGUGGACGUGGACGUGGACGUGGACGUGGACGUGGACGUGGACGAGGACGUGGACGUGGAGGACGUGGACGUGGAGGACGUGGACGUGGUCGUGGACGUGGACGUGGACGUGGACUUGGACGUGGACGAGGACGUGGACUUGGACGUGGACGUGGACGGGGACUUGGACUUGAACGUGGACGUGGUCGUGCACAUGGACGUGGACGUGGACGUGGACGUGGACGUGGACUUGGACGUGGACGUGGACGUGGACGUGGACGUGGACUUGGACGUGGAUGUGGACAUGGUCGUGGACGUGGAUGUGGACGUGGACGUGGACGUGGACGUGGACGUGGACGUGGACGUGGACGUGGAGGACGUGGACGUGGAGGACGUGGACGUGGUCGUGGACGUAGACGUGGACGUGGAGGACGUGGACGUGGAGGACGUGGACGUGGUCGUGGACGCGGACGUGGACGUGGACGUGGACUUGGACGUGGACGUGGACGUGGACGGGGACUUGGACGUGGACGUGGACGGGGACUUGGACUUGAACGUGGACGUGGUCGUGCACGUGGACGUGGACGUGGACGUGGACGUGGACGUGGACUUGGACGUGGACGUGGACGUGGACGUGGAUGUGGCCGUGGACGUGGACGUGGACGUGGUCGUGGUCGAGGACGUGGACGUGGACGAGGACGUGGACUUGGACGUGGACGUGGACGUGGACAUGGACGUGGACGUGGACCUGGCCCUGGACGUGGACGUGGACCUGGCCGUGGACGUGGACGUGGACGUGGUCGUGGACGUGGACGUGGACGUGGACGUGGUCGUGGACGCAGACGUGGACGUGGACGUGGACUUGGACGUGGAGGUGGACGUGGACGUGGACGUGGAGGACGUGGACGAGGAGGACGUGGACGUGGAGGACGUGGACGUGGACGUGGACGUGGAUGUGGUCGUGGACGUGGACGUGGUCGUAGACGUGGACGUGGUCGUGGACGUGGACGUGGACGUGGACGUGGACCUGGACGUGGACGUGGACGUGGACGUGGACGUGGUCGUGGACGUGGACGUGGACGUGGACGUGGACGUGGACGUGGACGUUGACGUGGUCGUGGACGUGGACGUGGACGUGGACGUGGACUUUGACGUGGACGUGGACGAGGACGUGGACGUGGACGUGGACGUGGAGGACGUGGACGUGGACGUGGACGUGGACGUGGACGUGGACGUGGUCGUAGACGUGGACGUGGACGUGGUCGUGGACGUGGACGUGGACGUGGACAACGUGGACGUGGACGUGGACGUGGACGUGGACGUGUACGUGGACGUAGACGUGGACGUGGACGUGGACGUGGUCGUGGAAGUGGACGUGGACGUGGACGUGGUCGUGGACGUGGACGUGGACGUGGACGUGGACGUGGACGUGGACGUGGUCGUGGAUGUGGACGUGGACGUGGACUUGGACGUGGACGUGGAGGACGUGGACGUGGAGGACGUGGACGUGGACGUGGACGUGGAAGUGGUCGUGGACGUGGACGUGGUCGUAGACGUGGACGUGGACGUGGUCGUGGACGUGGACGUGGACGUAGACGUGGACGUGGACGUGGACUUGGUCGUGGACGUGGACGUGGUCGUGGACGUGGACGUGGACGUGGACAUGGACGUGGAGGACGUGGACGUGGAGGACGUGGACGUGGACGUGGAGGUGGACGUCGACGUGGUCGUGGACGUGGACGUGGACGUGGACGUGGACGUGGUCGUGGUCGUGGACGUGGACGAGGACGUGGACGUGGAUGUGGACUUGGGCGUGGACGUGGACGUGGACGUGGACAUGGCCCUGGACGUGGACGUGGACGUGGACGUGGUCGUGGACGUGGACGUGGACGUGGUCGACGUGGAGGACGUGGACGUGGAGGACGUGGACGUGGACGUGGUCGUGGACGUGGACGUGGUCGUGGACGUGGACGUGGACGUGGUCGUGGACGUGGACGUGGACGUGGACGUGGACGUGGACGUGGUCGUGGACGUGGACGUGGACGUGGUCGUGGACAUGGACGUGGACGUGGACGUGGACGUGGUCGUGGACGUGGACGUGGACGUGGACGUGGUCGUAGACGUGGACGUGGACGUGGACGUGGUCAACGUGGACGUGGACGUGGACGUGGACGUGGACGUGGACGUGUACGUGGACGUUGUCGUAGACGUGGACGUGGACGUGGACGUGGACUUGAACGUGGACGUGGACGUGGACGUGGACGUGGCCGUGGACGUGGACGUGGACCUAACUUUGGACAUGGACGUGGACGUGGACGUGGACGUGGACGAGGACGUGGACGUGGACGUGGACGUGGACGUGGACCUGGCCGUGGACGUGGACGUGGACGUGGACGUGGUCGUGGACGUGGACGUGGACGUGGACGUGGACGUGGUCGUGGACGUGGACGUGGACGUGGACUUCGACGUGGACGUGGAGGACGUGGACGUGGAGGACGUGGACGUGGACGUGGACGUGGAAGUGGUCGUGGACGUGGACGUGGUCGUGGACGUGGACGUGGACAUGGUCGUGGACGUGGACGUGGACGUGGACGUGGACGUGGACGUGGACGUGGACGUGGUCGUGGACGUGGACGUGGUCGUGGACGUGGACGUGGACGUGGACAUGGACGUGGAGGACGUGGACGUGGACGUGGAGGACGUGGACGUGGACGUCGACGUCGACGUGGACGUGGAGGUCGACGUGGACGUGGUCGUGGACGUGGACGUGGACGUGGUCGUGGUCGUGGACGUGGACGAGGACGUGGACGUGGACGUGGACGUGGACUUGGACGUGGACGUGGACGUGGACGUGGACGUGGCCCUGGACGUAGACGUGGACGUGGACGUGGUCGACGUGGAGGACGUGGACGUGGAGGACGUGGACGUGGACGUGGUCGUGGACGUGGACGUGAACGUGGUCGUGGACGUGGACGUGGACGUGGACGUGGACGUGGACGUGGACGUGGUCGUGGACGUGGACGUGGACGUGGACGUGGUCGUGGACGUGGACGUGGUCGUGGACGUGGACGUGGACGUGGUCAUGGACGUGGACGUGGACGUGGACGUGGACGUGGUCGACGUGGAGGACGUGGACGUGGAGGACGUGGACGUGGACGUGGACGUGGACGUGGACGUGGACGUGGUCGUGGACGUGGACGUGGACGUGGUCGUGGACGUGGACGUGGACGUGGACGUGGACGUGGACGUGGACGUGGACGUGGUCGUGGACGUGGACGUGGACGUGGACGUGGUCGUGGACGUGGACGUGGUCGUGGACGUGGACGUGGACGUGGACGUGGUCGUGGACGUGGACGUGGACGUGGACGUGGACGUGGUCGUGGACGUGGACGUGGACGUGGACUUGGACGUGGACGUGGACGAGGACGUGGACGUGGACGUGGAGGACGUGGACGUGGACGUGGACGUGGUCGUAGAUGUGGACGUGGACGUGGACGUGGACGUGGACGUGGCCUGGACGUGGAGAACGUGGACGUGGACGUGGACGUGGACGUGGCCUGGACUGGACGUGGACGUGGACGUGGUCGUGGACGUGGACGUGGACGUGGACGUGGACGUGGUCCUGGACGUGGACAUGGACGUGGACGUGGACGUGGACGUGGACGUGGACGUGGACAUGGACGUGGACAUGGAGGACGUGGACGUGGACGUGGAGGACGUGGACGUUGACGUGGACGUGGACGUGGACGUUGUCGUGGAUGUGGACGUGGACGUGGACGUGGACUUGAACGUGGACGUGGACGUGGACGUGGCCGUGGACGUGGACGUGGACCUGGCUUUGGACAUGGACGUGGACGUGGACGUGGACGUGGACGAGGACGUGGACUUGGACGUGGACAUGGACAUGGACGUGGACGUGGACGUGGACGUGGACGUGGACGUGGACGUGGACGUGGCCCUGGCCGUGGACGUGGACGUGGACGUGGUCGUGGACGUGGACGUGGACGUGGUCGUGGACGUGGACGUGGACUUGGACGUGGACGUGGAGGACGUGGACGUGGAGGAAGUGGACGUGGACGUGGACGUGGAAGUGGUCGUGGACGUGGUCGUAGACGUGGACGUGGACGUGGUCGUGGACGUGGACGUAGACGUGGACCUGGACGUGGACGUGGUCGUGGACGUGGUCGUGGACGUGGACGUGGACGUGGACGUGGACAUGGACGUGGAGGACGUGGACGUGGACGUGGAGGACGUGGACGUGGACGUCGACGUCGACGUGGACGUGGAGGUGGACGUGGACGUGGUCGUGGACGUGGACGUGGACGUGGUCGUGGACGUUGACGAGGACGUGGACGUGGACGUGGACGUGGACUUGGACGUGGACGUGGACGUGGACGUGGACAUGGCCCUGGACGUGGACGUGGACGUGGACGUGGUCGUGGACGUGGACGUGGACGUGGACAUGGUCGACGUGGAGGACGUGGACGUGGAGGACGUGGACGUGGACGUGGACGUGGAUGUGGUCGUGGACGUGGACGUGGUCGUGGACGUGGACGUGGACGUGGACGUUGACGUGGACGUGGACGUGGACGUGGACGUGGUCGUGGACGUGGACGUGGACGUGGACGUGGACGUGGUCGUGGACGUGGACGUGGUCGUGGACGUGGACGUGGACGUGGUCGUGGACGUGGACGUGGACGUGGACGUGGUCGUGGACGUGGACGUGGACGUGGAUGGGAUGUGGACGUCCUAA